AAACGCAUGGAAUUGCUUUCGAAUGGGGAUUUGGGAGUCGAGAAAGUCGCGUCCUCUCCGGUCCGCUCGAGUCUUAAUUUUAGCAAAUCAUGUAAAACGUCGAUUAAUUUUUUCCUUUUGUUGGGCAAAGGAGCUCCUUCGGGAUUUUGUCGAAGCUAUCGGAGUGACGGAGCCGCCACGAUAAAACGCGCGGGGAAAUAACGAGAUUGCCCGACGUAAUUUACUUUGCGUCGGUUCCUCGGUCGAUUCCAAAUUUACGGCGCAAGCGAUCGUCGUUCGACCGUGUUUUUCCAAAAUCCCGGGGACGCGAGUGCUAGCACAGGAGAGCUAAACUUCCAGCGAUGAGCUCCAAUAACUCCCAGCCGCUUUUUGCGUGCUCCAGAUGCUUUUCGAGGCAUCCCUUCGAGGAGCUGUCGUCCGGACAACAACUGUGCAAGGAAUGCAGAGGAACUUUUCCUGUGGUCAAGUGUACAUACUGUAGGUCAGAAUUUCAACAAACUAUGAAAGGUAAUACAAGUACAAUAUGCAAAAAAUGUGAACAAAACGUUAAAGCAUAUGGAAAACCAUCGGCUUGCGAGUACUGCAAUACAAUUGCUGCCUUCAUCGGAAGCAAAUGUCAAAGAUGUACAAAUUCUGAAAAACGUUAUGGUCCACCAGUUACGUGUGAACAAUGCAAGCAAAAAUGUGCCUUUGACAGACACGAUGAAGAUAAAAAAGUCGAUGGCAAACUUUUAUGCUGGUUGUGCACAUUAUCGUAUAAAAGAGCUCUUGCAAGGACGAAACAGUCGGAUGCCGACCGAAAAGCUCACUUGAAAAUGGUUCAACAGCGAGCUGCGAAGCAUAAAGAACAAAAGUUAAAAGGACACAAUAAAAGGCCACACAGAGUAGACGUGACAAAACUUCCACCACAGUCAGAAUCAGGUGACAGUAAUGGCCCGACACCCGUUAAAGCGGCAAGAAUGGCUGGAGUGCAUGAUCCUCAUGAUCCUAAUAUUUCAGAUCACGUAGUUGCCGUCACAUCGCUCAAAGAAAAAAUUUCAAAUCUGCAGAAACAAAUAUCCCAAAAAGAUGGUCAGCUUCUCGCUAAAGAGAAACAAAUAACUGAGUUAAAAGCAAAAAAUUUUACUUCAGAAACUGAGUUGCGUACCAAAAUGAAAACCUCAGAAAAAGAAUAUGAAAAUAAAAUAUCUAGUAUGCAGCACAAAAUUUCUACUUUGUUAAAAGAAGUAGCGUCAUUGUCAAAAAGUACAAAACGAGACAGAUUAUCUGUAACGAAGAGCGAAGCAGGGACCAAUAGUGGAAGUGGAACUGAUAGUCCUGUACCUUGAUAAGGGUAUUCGUUAGCUGCAUCAACUUUACAUACUCGAAUGUCCAAAUCCACUUGACAUAUGUGGUUCAUUACAUAGCAAAUUAUUUCCAAUCAGGAAAAGAAAAAAAAAAUUGUAUUAUUUUUCUAAUUACUAUACAUACGAACCAUUCGUCUCACUGUGCAAAUAGACAAAUUAUUUCUUGCCUAAUUAUAAUAGACAAGAGAUAAAUUGAAAUAAUUUCAUUGCUAAACAUU